CAAGGAUGCAGCGUCUCUUUCUCGGGCCGGCAGUGUUGGUGGUAAUAAGUCUUUGACUCCAUGGCUACUCGUUUUGCCGGUGGUAAACUACAGUCGUCUGCUAAUCCCCCUGGACAUUUUACCCGGUAUGAUAUACCAUUGCUUCGGCGUGGUCACUGGAAAAUUCGAACUCAGCAGUGAAACGGCUCUUAUGAGUGACUCUAGAUGGCAAUCAAACGACAUAGAGUCCGUUUACCUACAGACGGCCGUCUAUGAUAGCAUGGAGACAGCACCCACCGUCAAGGAGGACUUCACGGUUGUGCCCAAGCAGAGCAUCUAGAGGUAGUUAUGGUACCUUGAGCGCCAUCUAGAGAGUUCGGUGACGGUUGCAACUGCACCUCUGGAGCAAUGUCUCAUUCCGACCGUCUAGAAUAAAGAAUUUGGGACAGUUGAAAAUUGGGCAAAGACUUUUCAGCCGUCUGCUAUAACACAAUCCUCUGCUAUGAUGUGAUCCUCUAAUUUCACUACUCGAAUAGAUUUUAGACACAGAGGUUACGCAAACGGGCCCUUACCCGGCCCCACUCCAGUUCCCUACCGACUCAGUGGGAUAGUCAUCCCGCUAUCCCGCUCACAUAAUAUGCACCCCACCAUCCCUCAUGCAAAAUGCUUCCGACCCCAACAACCUCCCACCUCUCCUUCGACCACAUCUAUGAGCCAAGCGAGGAUACAUUCCUCAUUCUCGAUACCUUGGCCCUCCAAUCCCCUUUCCUGCACUCCCGCUUCCCGCAAACCUCGCCUCCACUGGUCCUCGAACUCGGUAGUGGCUCCGGCGUGAUAACUUCCUUCCUCACAACACACUCCAUCACCCUCUUCGGCCACUGCUCAAUUACAACCCUGUCCACUGACAUUUCCCCCCACGCUCCGAACUCUACAAAGCAAACCGUUGCCACAAAUAUAACCAAGGAGAGCGGAUGCUUUCUCGGGGCUAUAAGGACGGAUUUAGCGACAGGUCUAAGACCAGGAGUGGUAGAUAUGCUAGUGUUUAACCCGCCUUACGUUCCCACAGAGGCGGUGGAAGACGGAAACGGGGGAGAGGGGUGGAUCGGGGUUGCGUGUGGUGGGGGUGUUGAUGGGAUGGAGGUCACGAUUCGGGUGUUGAAGGGGUUGGAUGAAUAUCUGAGUGAAUGUGGAGUAGCGUACAUACUGCUCUGCGAGAGAAACAAGCCCGAGGCGGUGGCAGAGCAAUUGCGCAAUGGUGAGUAUGGUGCCAAGUGGAUCGUAGAGAAGGUAGGCACCUCUGGGAGGAAGGGUGGCUGGGAAGUCUUAGGGAUUUGGAGGGUUAUGAGAUGGUAGUGUAUUAAUAAACCAGUACAUUGCACAC